AUGGCCAAGAUACCUAAGCUCGAGGACUACACCAUUAUAAUUUUUUCUCCACUGGUAAUCGAGCAGAAGGCGGUAUUUCUUAUGCUAGAUGAGGUUCACGAUGGAAUCCCAGAACGUUCUGCCGGUCAGACUGUGCUCUACACCCUUGGUAAAAUCGCCUCAUAUAAUGUGGCUAUUGCCGGAUAUCCUGCUGGAGAAGUUGGAAUAGGUGUGUCGGGAAGCAUGGUCUCAGAAGCCUUCAGGGACUUUCCCAAUCUUGAAGCAGGCGUUCUAGUCGGCAUCGCAGCAGGCAUCCCGUCCCCAACUCGGGACAUUCGUCUCGGAGACGUUGCGGUUGCUGUCCCUAAUAGCGACAACCCAGGGAUUAUUGGCUAUGACCUUGUCAAAGUUGAAGAAGACCAUAUUCGACUCAAACAGUGGCAAAACUCGACACAUCCCCUUCUGCGGUCUGCCAUCGCCAGCAUCCAAGUCCAUGAAAGCCGCCCUGAGUUCAGCUUCACCCGCCACUUGGAUGUCUUAUCGAGAGCAACGGACUUCAAGAGACCGGGUCCUGCUUUACCCAGGAGCGAGUCCUUGACUUCAAAUGAGCGCGAUGAGCCAAUUGCACAUUACGGCACCAUCCUCUCUGGGAAUGGGGUAAUGAAAUCCAAGAAAAAGAGAGACGAGUUGAGAGAUAAAUAUGGCGGAAUUGCUAUUGAGAUGGAAGCUGCUGGAAUAACAACUAGACUGCCAGUGGCUGUGGUUCGAGGCAUCAGUGAUUUCGGCGACUCCGAAAAGAACGAUGACUGGCAUCGCUACGCUGCUAUAACUGCGGCAGCAUACGCCAAAGAAAUGUUGAUUAGGCUUGGCCCAAGGAAGGCGACUGGAUCCGGUACGUUGAAAGUUUGCAUAGAUAUAAGUUGUUGGAUGCUAUUGACGUCGGAACUUGACUCGCGCACGUAUGAACAAGCUGACGAAAUGAUGCAGAGUCGCGGUCUCUCAUCUCUCCAGAUAUUGACUCCAGCUUGA